CCUGGCACUGGCUGUCACUUUCUUCCAGGGCUCAACCACCACACGCCUUCAUACCUCAUGUAGGGUGCAAGAAUCAAGCAACGAGCUCAGCAACAGCGCGUCGUGAUAUCUGACCUUCACGCCGCCAUUUUCUUGCGUUCCGCAUCUUCCCUGUGUCGCUCCUUCCUCCCAUCAGCCGUCUCCCACCCCCGAGCCCGCCCCCCCGAGCUCCCAAACACUUCUCCAAAGACACAUAUAUAUUUCAACAUGGGCUACAUCCUCUUUUCCCUCUCCUUUGCCUUUCUCGUGCUCGCUACCGCCGCCUACUUUACGCGCCACCACUGGCUGCACCGACUCCCAAUCCCCGAACCUCUCUAUACGCGCCUUCCAACCUCCUUCCGUGACGAUAUCGAGGCGGGCCUCUCCUCUUCGGCCUUCGAUCUUAGCGCCAACAUCGAAGCCGGAGAUAGUCGGCAGGGCCUCGAUGACCGGGCCAAGCGCGAGGUCCAGGCGAUUAUGAAGCAGAGAGGUGUAGGCUUCGAUGAAGCAAGGCGGAUCUUUAUGCAGGACCGGUUCAAGAAGAAUGGGAUUGGGCCAGAUGGGAGGCCGAGGGAUCCGAAGUUUGUUAGUUUUUCUUAGGGUCGAGAGAUGGCCAGCUCUUGGUUGAACAUGUCGGUUAAUUAUCUCUUUUGUAUGGGCUAGGCUGGUUGGAUGGCUUGUUCGAUCCUGGUGCAGGCGUCUUUUAUUCUGGAUCGGUUGAGGUCCAAAAAAGGACACUGUGCCGAAGAGGCAUUGGAGCAGUUGUGUUUUGAAGCCCUUCACUCUGCAUUCGCGUUCGAAUGAAUGCUAUCGCGUUUCCUAUGUCAGUUACCACGUCUUUAUCUUCCUUGUUCUUUGAUUCCCCCAUCCCUGAAAGCAUUCUCCCGUCAUCUGUCAGCUCGCACUUCACUUAAACCACCGAGGUCGAGUCGAUGCUCAUCUUGAUCGUAUCGCUUCAGUUUCAUGUAUCCAUUACACCACCUUCCCGCUGAGACUCGCCGAGUAACUGUAAUGAUUCGAGUUGUAGUUUAGCUUGUGUCGAGAGGGAAAUUAAAGAACAUGGAAAUGCGGAGAAUCCUACUCCAUUUC